AAAGCUUUUUAACCUGAGGAUUUGAGAGCUUACAAAAUACAAAUAUUUCCUUCAAGCUUUUUAACAUGAAAAAUUAAAGUACUGAGUGUCCGCCCUAGCUUUAUAUUCGUUAUUCAGGUUUGGAAGUAGUAACGUUGCAAAGCACAAAGUUAUCUGAUAUCUAUUUACAAACAUUGCAAAGUACAUGACAGCAUUUCGCUUCUUAUCGGAAUAAAAUUUUUCAAGACUAAAAUAUAUUUAUCAAGAUUCUAUCGUCUCGACGGAUUUAGUAUUCCAUUCUAAGGACUUUCAAUCUUUUCCUGAUAUACAUUCUUUACCCUUCAAGAACAUUUGGAAUAUAUGAAAAUUUCUGAUUUUUCUCUUUUAUAUACUUAUUAUGCUGUAGCAGUUGCAUAUUUAACACUCUAUGGAUAACAUACUAUAACUUUCUUGUAAACUUAGACAUAUGUUUGUAGAAUAAACUUUAUAAGGCAUAUUUAACUAAAGAGAACAUAUCUUGCACAUUUUAGUUGAAGAAACUACCCAGCUAAGUUCUCUAAAACUUCAGAAUUUUGAAGUGUAUCUGCAUACAGUUUCAUUGAAGGUAACAAAUCAGUAAAAAAAAUAUAAUUGCUCACACACAUAACGUGCAGCGGUAAUUGCCAAUUUUCGAUAUGGAAGAGCCACAGCCAGGUCCAAGUAAUAUUCAAAUUCCUGUCAUUAAACAGGAGGUAAAUACUUCUGAAGAAGACAGUGGAUCUAUACCAUAUGUUGACAGCCCGGAUUCGCCUCCAAAAGUCGAAAUAAGAAAAGCAAGCAUCGCUACCACGCAGCAACUGCAUGAUGGCAUUAUCCUCUUGAUUACUAGCGACAGCGAAAGCCAACGAUCUCCGAAUGGCUCAAUCGCCCAGCAUCCACUUUCAGAAUACUACCUGUUGCCAUUGCCCCCAGAUGCAUUGAGUGCUAAUCGUAGGUACUCCCUGCAGGACAAGACCGGUAAGAACCACCAGCAUCAUCCAGAGAGAAAGGCUUCCUGUCCGGACACUGAACUCCAUCUGACCACUGAUAGGAGGGGAAGCACUUGCAGCAAUCGCAGGUCGGAACUGGACGUCAGCAAAGAUCGUCUGACACCGACUUCUUUCUCAAGCAGGCGUUCGAGUAAUGCCAGUGUUUGUUGCCAUUCAUCGUCUCGCAGGUCCUCCAGUUGCAGUGUGGGAGGCCACCACCACAAAAGAAGGCCCAGUAAUUGCAGUCGCCGUUCCAGCAACAGCAGCGUCAGUCAUAGCCGGCGUUCUAGCACCGCCAGUCACAGAUCCAGCCCUAGUCAUGGCAGUCGCCGUUCCAGCAAUUGCAGCCGCCGAUCUUCGCACUUCGACUCGGAUGAGGAAACCUACCUCCACCACCACCACCACCACUGCCACAGGGGUUCCAGGUCGAGCCUGGAUCCCAUUCACCGCGGCUCCACAGCCUCCGUGGAUCUUGGAGGCAUCCGUAGAGGCUCCUACCUUCCUCCCCAGCAGCAGAAGGAGGAGCUCGACGAGCAGGAGGAGCUGGAGAUGGGCGGCAUCCCGCCAAGGCACCGUCGGAUUAUCAUCAUGAUAAUCGGAUCUGUAUCCAUCUUCAUACUGGUGAUGUCAGUCGUGCUUAUAGCUGUGUCCCUGACCUUGUCGCCAACCAUCGAUGAUCUAGAAAAUGUCGGCUUUCCAAUCCCACCAAACUAA